AUGAGUCACCACGCAGAUCAUGCCUCCGAGGGCUCGGACACAGAUGUGGAGAAGCAAGACUCCAACGACAACCAGAUUCGAUCCCCUGGAGGAACUCCGAGAUCUACGCUUCAACAGAAGGAGGGCAUGGGGGACAAGAACGAGCUCAAGCACUGGGAAUGUUACGACAAGCUUGGAUAUUCCUUUCCCUGGUGGAAGAAAUGGGGCAUUAUCUCAGUCAUCUUUGCAGUUCAGACUUCCAUGAACUUCAACGCUGGAUUCUACGCUAGCAGUGUGAGCCUUUACGCGAAGCAUUUCAAUAUCACGGAACAGGCUGCGAGAGUGGGUCAGAUGGGAUUCCUCGUUGCAUAUGCUUUCGGCUGCGAGUUCUGGGCACCCUUCAGCGAGGAGUUUGGCAGAUGGCCAAUCAUGCAGCUGAGCAUGUUCUUCGUCAAUAUCUGGCAGAUUCCCUGUGCCCUCGCUCCAAACUUUGGCACCAUUGUCAUCUGUCGGAUCCUCGGUGGUGUAUCAUCUGCCGGUGGCUCCGUGACAUUGGGGAUGGUAGCUGAUAUGUGGGAGCCAGAGGAUCAGCAAUAUGCCGUGGCAUUCAUCGUUCUGUCUUCGGUGGCCGGCUCCGUCAUUGCGCCAGUAGUGGGUGGAUUCGUGGCGACUUUCCUUUCCUGGCGCUGGAACUUCUGGAUUCAACUGAUUCUUGGAGGAUUUGUGCAAAUAUUGCAUUUCUUGAUCCCCGAGACCAGGUGCAGUAUUCUCAUCACCAGAGAGGCCAAGCGACGCCGCAAAAAUGGAGACAUGGUGUGGAGUGGUGAUGAGAUCACCAAAACUCGCAUGUCUUUCCGCUGGAUCUUCAUGGUUUGGAUACGGCCAUUCAUCAUGUUUAUACGUGAGCCUAUCGUCUUGUGUCUCUCUCUUCUUAGUGGUUUCAGUGAUUCCCUGAUCUUCACUUUCCUUCAAUCAUACACUCCGGUGUAUAAGCAGUGGCACUUCAGUACCAUCACCACCGGGCUGGCCUUUCUACCUCUCUUAGUAGGGUACAUAAUAGCAUACGUUUCAUUCAUACCUUGGAUCCACCGUCAUUGCCGGGUUAGGGAAAAGGACCCAGACGGCCUCCAGCCAGAAGCGCGUCUGUACUGGCUCCUUUUUGUGGCGCCUCUGCUAUCAAUUGGUCUAUUUGGGUUUUCAUGGACGAGUCUCGGUCCCCCUCAGGUCCAUUGGAUUGCACCCAUGAUAUUCUCUGCCCUAAUCGCCAUUGCCAACUACGCAAUUUAUAUGGCAACGGUUGAUUACAUGAUAGCAUCAUACGGGCCCUGGUCCGCUUCAGCAACAGGAGGCAACGGAUUUGCCCGUGAUUUCCUAGCCGGUAUUGCAGCGAUGUAUUCUGUGCCCAUGUACGAACACAUGGGCACGAAACACCAUCUAGAGUGGCCCUCAACUUUCUUGGCCUUCAUGGCCAUUGUCUUCACCAUUCCGAUUUACGUGUUCUACUGGAAAGGACCUCGGAUCCGGGAGUUGUCGCCGUUUGCACAGACUGUGGCGGCGGACAGAAAGGCAGCUGGUCGCAGAGCAUCUCAAUGUGGCUCUGGCGAUCCGGAUCCUGUCGAACGGUAUCUGUCACGGAAUUCCACUGACGUCUGCACUCGUCCUCAUGUCUGA